GGGAAACGAACGAGCCAUUACCGCCCAAAACAAACCAAGAUGCAGCAAUCCUUCUAUGUUCAGUGGAUUUUAUAUGCGAUAUGUUUUAUGGUUCUCUUAUUCAAAGUUGCAGAGCCACUACCAUGUGUUCUAAGUGAAUGGACUAACUGGAGUUCAACAGGUGUCCCUGGAACUGUUUCCAGACGCAGAAAUGUUAUAACUCCUGCUACUGAUAAUGACGAGGAAUGUGGAGAGCUUCGGCAAUUAAAGAAAGAACCACUACCAUGUGUCCUGAGUGUUUGGACAAAAUGGAGUGCACCAGAUGCAUCUGGAACAGCUUUCAGACAUAGACAAGUGAUUAGACCUGCUCUUAAUAAUGGAGAAGAAUGUGGAGAGCUUUUGCAGAUAAGGACAGGAAACAAAUGAAAGACAACAAAACAAUUUUGGCUGAUAACAUCACCAUACACAGCUGAUUGAGGAGAAGAUGUACAGAAGAAGCAUAUAUAAUCAGAAUAUUUUGAUAAAUCAUAUUAUAGGACAGACUUCCGAGUAUAUACAUAUACAUAUAUAAUCUAAAUUUUACAGUUAUUUCAUUAUUUUUAUAUAUAACUUGUACAUUGAAAAUAGAUGAAUAUAUGAAUAUAUAACUAUACAAGAUUGUGUUGAAGGGCAUACUAUGCAGUUUUGAUCCCGUAUUGGAAUAAAUGAUAACACAAGCUG